AUGAGUUUUAGUGAAAAAGUAGUUCUUGUGACCGGCGCCGGCUCUGGAAUUGGAGCUGAAAUAUCCGUUAAGUUUAGUUCGGAAAGUGCUAGCGUCGUGCUAGUUGGUAGGAAUGAGAUUAAAAUGAAUGGCGUUGCUCAAAAGUGCAGUGAAGCUGGUGGCAAUCCUUUGGUAAUUGUGGCCGAUGUGACCGUUGACGCUGAUGUCAAAAGAGUUUUUACAAUUAUAAUAGAACACUUUGGAAAGUUGGAUAUUGUGAUUAAUAACGCGGGAGUAGCUGGUGCCGAGAGCAUACUUUCUGAAGGGGCCAUCACGGUAUUCGACAAAAUAAUGAAAGUUAACCUCCGCGCAGUUAUGCUUAUUUCGCACCUCUCUUUGCCGCAUUUGCUUGAAACGAAGGGCAAUAUCAUUAACAUAUCAAGCAUUGGGUCCUCAAGUAUUUGUUUCAGAGUUAACUCUCAGUACUGCACGUCUAAAGCCGGUCUUGAUCAGUUCACUAAAUGCGCCGCACUUGAAUUAGAACCUUACGGAGUGAGAGUAAAUUCAGUUAACCCCGGCCCGGUUAAGACUAAUUUCAUGGAGGCUGUGGGCCUCACAGCAGAGCAGCAAGAACAAUUGCGGGACACACUAUUGAGAGGAACACUGCUCAACAAAAUAAUCGAACCAAGUGAAGUGGCCGAUUUAGUGCUUUAUUUAGCGAGCGAUAAAGCGCGGGGUAUCACGGGUUCAUCUUUGGUAAUCGACAGUGGAGUCUUAUUGAAGGGACUUAUUGAUGGA